AUGGAGACACACAACUUCACGGUGGUGAGAGAAUUCAUCCUGAUGGGCAUCACGGAUCGUCCUGAGCUGCAGGCGCCAUUGUUUGUGCUGUUCCUUGCCAUCUAUAUGGUCUCCGUGGUGGGCAACUUGGGAAUUAUCACCCUUACCAAGGUGGACUCCAGGCUACAGACUCCAAUGUACUUUUUCCUCAGGCACCUGGCUCUCACAGAUCUUGGUUAUUCUACCGCUGUAGGACCCAAAAUGUUGGUCAAUUUUGUUGCAGAGCGAAAUGCAAUCUCCUACUAUCUUUGUGCUACUCAGCUAGCAUUCUUUCUGGUGUUCAUUGGUAGCGAACUUUUCAUCCUGUCGGCCAUGUCCUAUGACCGCUACGUGGCCAUCUGUAACCCACUGCUCUACACCGUUGUCAUGUCACAAAGGGUGUGUUGGGUCCUGGUGGCAAUUCCCUAUCUCUAUUGCACAUUUGUGUCUCUUCUAGUCACCAUAAAGAUUUUCACUCUGUCCUUCUGUGGCUAUAAUGUUAUUAAUCAUUUCUUCUGCGACUGUAUUCCCUUGAUAUCUUUGCUCUGCUCAAAUACGAAGGGAAUCGAAUUUAUAAUCAUGAUCUUCGCAGCAUUCGAUUUGCUUAUCUCCCUUCUGAUCGUCCUUGUGUCCUAUCUGCUCAUUCUCAUAGCCAUUCUGAAGAUGAAAUCUGCUGAGGGCAGGCGCAAGGCUUUCUCCACCUGCGGAUCCCAUCUGACUGUGGUCAUUGUCUUCUAUGGAACUCUGAUAUUUAUGUAUGUGCAACCUGAGUCUAGUCACUCGAUUGAUACCGAUAAAGUAUCUUCUAUAUUUUAUACCUUGGUCAUUCCAAUGUUGAAUCCCUUGAUAUACAGCUUGAGAAACAAAGAUGUAAAAUGUGCCCUACAAAGGACAAGGGAAAAUAUAUGCAAAUUUUUUUCUUAA